UUAUCUGGGUGAACUAACCCUUUAAAGCAAGUUUUAAUAUUUAUUUUUUAAACAUAACAUAAAAAAUUUGGAUUUAAUUAUUUAUAAUAAUAGCAUUAAUGCAAUGUUUCUUAUCUUGUUAAGUGUUUUUAUGUAAUAAUCAGUAAAAAUUAAAAUGUGUGUGUAUAUAUUUGUAAUCAGUGUGGUAUGUGAAGACUCAGGGAAACACUUUAAUAAUAAUAAAUUACAAUUUAAUAAUAAUAUAUAUAUAUAUAUAUUUUUUUACAUUUAUUUUAGGAUCUAUAAUUCAGUAAAAUUACAGAUUUGUUAGUAAAGAGUGUUUAGAAUUGCUUAUUUUUGCAAAGCACUUUUGUUCAGUUCACUGAAACAACAAGAAAUAAAAUCGUUCUUUUAAAAAGGCUCAUAAGACUGCACGUUUAACUCCGUUGCAUGGUUUUGGGGAGCAUUGUCUUUAGAGUAGUACUGAAAAGGUUGAAAGUCACAUUUGAGGGUUUUAAUCAGUUGUUCACUUAACCCAAAAGCCCAGAUAUAUCAACCAACAGUCAGUUUACCCAUGAAUACUGUAGUCACUGUAAGCACAAAGCAUGAGUAUAUACUGUAUGUUAUACCUACAUUGGCUGAAACGUAUUUGAAAAAUUGAUUUGUUGUUAACCUUAUUGUGAAGGCAAAAUUUUUAGGGGAGACAGUUUGAGGGGGGAUUUCUCAAAAGACACUUAAAAUGUUCUUCUUUUCUGUAUCUGAUGUUCUAUGUGCUAUUAGUGUGAUGCAGCCAACAUGAACGGUUGUCUUGUGUUGCACACCCUUUCCAACACUGUGACACGAUCGCCCCAGGGAGAAAAGCGCCCAUGCUUGAUAUCGUAUGGUUCAUGACCAAUAUGUUUCCAGUACAGGAAAAAUCCCUGAAGAGGCAAAGGCGCUCUCGCUUUUGGCCCCCGCCACGCCAGUGACCAGCCUGAUGAGCGGAGGAGGACUUCUGCCCAUUCCAAGCCCUGCUACACUACAGAAUCGUGGUCUUCCUUUAGCUAAUCUGGGGGUCCUGAAGUCUAGUUUGGACACAUCUGUGGCGGCUCUGAAUGCAAUUGCUUCACAGCCUCCGCUCAUGGGAAAUGUAGAUCCCUCUAAAAUUGAUGAGAUCAGAAGGACGGUGUAUGUCGGCAAUUUGAAUUCACAGAGCACCACAGCAGAACAGCUCCUCACGUUCUUCAAGCAAGUUGGAGAUGUUAAAUUUGUUAGAAUGGCAGGAGAUGAAACCCAGCCUACACGUUUUGCUUUUGUGGAGUUUUCUGAUCAGGAAUCGGUGACACGAGCGCUUACAUUUAACGGAGUCAUGUUUGGCGACAGACCACUAAAGAUUAACCACUCCAAUAAUGCCAUAGUGAAGCCUCCAGAGCUCACACCUCAAGCUGCGGCCAAAGAGCUGGAGGACGUGAUGAAGAAAGUCAGAGAGGCUCAGUCAACCAUUGCUGCUGUUAUCGAACCAGAAAAUGAAAUUAGUUCAUCCAGUAGAUCUAGACGUUCCAGAAGGUCCAGAUCUCACUCCCGCUCCCCAUCACACUCACGAAAAAAGCGAUCCAGAUCCAGGCACAGGGGACACCAGAAGUCACAGCAGAAGGUGAAUGACUCCCGUGGGUCCCAUAAGAGGCGCUCACGUUCCCGAGAAAGGAAACACAGCCAGAGUCGAUCUUAUUCUAGGGACCGAAGGAAGGACAAGGACAGCAAAGUAAGGAAAGAAGGUGACUGGGAAGAAAAGAGGCCACGGGACAAAAAGGGAAGGACGCCUCCUAAACGCUACAGUGGCUCUAGUCGUUCCCGCAGCAUAAGCAGAGGCCACAAGAAAAGAAGCAGCUCUCGAUCCAGGUCACCAAGGCGGAGAGCCAGGUCACCAUCUCCGUCUAAAAGAGGCAAGAAAGAUAAAAAGAGGGAUAAAGGACGGGACAGUAGCAGGGAAAGGACAGAGAGCUCAAUGUCCAGGAGGAGAAGCAGGGAUUAUGAACAUAAAUCUAGACCAUCACUGAUGGAAAGGGGCUAUGAGCAGGCGGACCACCAGGAGUAUGACAGUGAAAUGGAUGGGUUGGGUUCUGUGGGUAGCGUAGACAGAUCUCCUCAAGCUUAUUUCAACGGCAGCUAUAGGAGCACUUACGCCGAGGAGGAUGAUCUCUCUGCAGCUGAGUGAUACACGUGUACCCAUAAUGCCAAGAACAGUGAUAUUGUCUGGAGAGCACAGCAUCAUGUAUGAUACUGUAACAGCUGUCACUCCUUUUGAAGUGUUUUCUCUUGCGUCCAUUGCUGUGUGAUUGUAGGCUUCUGGAAACAUUUUCUACUGCUGUGAAUAUGCUACCUGUCAUAUGAUAUUCAUAUGGAUGAAAAUGUAAAGUUUUGGAUAGAUCUUUAUUGUGCUGAGAGAUGCGGUGUAUUGAAUGAAGGUGCUUUUGUUAAGGUCACUUUUUUAAAUUAGUUUUGCAUUUGUUUUCUUUUGCAUGUAACUUUGUGUUUACAUUCUUGAGGAAAGAUGUUGUUUUAUGCUAUUUUGUUUCUCUUUUCAGUCCAUCUAACUAAAACAAACCAUUAUUACUGUGAAUAAUAAAAAAAUAAUAAUAAUAAUUACCCCAAAAACUAUAUAACAUAUUUUGCAUAAAGACGAUAAUGCAUAUUUUAAGAUGGUUUAGAUUUUUCUUUUGACUUUUAAAUAUAUUUUCCUUCAAAAUCUCAUUAUUGCUAUAAUGUAAAAAACAAACAAAAAUAAAACAUUCUGCCUUUUAUUUAAUUUUACCUAUUCACAUUAAAGUGGAAUAGGAGUUGCUUAAUUGUGAUGAAAAUAAUGCUAGAAAUUGAUUUUGGGGUACCUAGAGAUUCACCCACUCUACCUGGUCUUUUCCAUCAUUUCUAUUUAAAGUAAAAAAAAAAAAAAAAUUACAUUUAGUAUGUGUGUAUUAUAACACUACAGAGACCCGUUUUUCGUACGUCAAUAACUGGAUUUGAUUGUUGAUGAUUUGGCAUGAUCUUGGAUUGUUUGGUUCUUCAAAACUCAUCCCGGAGUUGCUGUCACGGCAACACGUCCUUAAACUUAAACCUGCUCUGGUACAGGCUUCUUCAUGGAAACGGUUAGAUCCCAUCUUUUUAAGCAGAACUGAUACUCAAAAUCUGUCCCAGCCACUGCUACUUUAUUAGAAGAGUACCCUACCCUACUUUUUUAAUAGAAAAUCACAAAAUGAAUACAAUAAAUAUUAUAAUGUUGUGUAGUCAUCAUCUGUAACACUAUAGAUACAGCCAGCUUUACUCGUUGAAAAAUGUAUUCGCGAUUAAAUAUUUACUUUAUAAAGGCAUUGGAGUCUUACACACAUGCUGUACAGUUAAUCUGAAACGUGCAUUAAUUUGGGGUUUGACCCUUGAGAAACUUUAACGCUGUCACGUAACAAAUCUGCUUCAAAGAUCAAAUUUAGUAAAAUGCCAGUUACAACACUUAAAUAUGUAAAGCCUGUACACAUACUAGAAAUCAUGAAUAUAAAUAAUUACAAUAGUAAAAUUAUAAUUAAUGUAAUUAUUAUUACAUUUAUGUAGUUUUGUUCUCUUGGCUGGUUUAGUUUUUUUUUUUUUUUUUUUUCGUCUGGUGUCUUAAUUAGGGACUGCAACGGCAAAGAACGUGCGAUCAUGCGCGACGUAUACAUUGUAACGGUCUACAAUGGGAGUACAGCUAAUUUGCCUUAGUCGCUAAAUUACUCCUCGACAGAUUAAAAGGCGAGUAUAUUUUGCCUGGUAAAUCUAGGUUUAUGACUUACUGGCAUCAUAAAUACUAAAAACUCUUCUUCUGACAAUAAAUUUACUUUUCAUGCCAAAAACACGCUUUCUAUUGCCUGUUAAAAUUAAAUUUUUUAUUACGCUAAUUUAAAUGAUUGGAUGUUUCACCGUCCUCUCGGUUGUUGGUUUUGCUUAGUGAUUUUUGCGCUCUUUGGCUAAGGUAGUUAACGUCAGUUCGCCGUUACCGUUCCAUCAGCUUUAAAUCCAUACAUCUGUCCUUUUCGGGGAACACGAGAACGCGCACUAAUCUUAGACAACUUAGUCCAGAUAUUUUAAUCAAACCCGCAUAUUCGUUUGAAUAACCAAAUUAGCAGAGAUCCCUUAUCACGAUUACUAGAUCUGGAAUCUGUGUUGGAGCACAGUGUAUGUUAAAAGUGCCUAGACAGAGUUUGUGGCAACAAAAGAUGUAAUGACAUAGUAAAUCAAGUCAAAAAAGUUAUCUAGUAUUAUCGGAAGGCUUGUGUAAAAUGCAUAGUUUCUUUAUUUUAACAGUAUUUUGUUUGAACCAGUGUAUAGUCCUACAGUAACCUCUUCAUACAAAUUGUUGUGUGGCAUAUACUAAGAUGUUUAAUAGGUUUUCUAAGAGGCCCUUACUGACUGAAGAGCACAGCAACUUUAUUAACAGUGACUGCUGUCUCCUUCAAAUUCAGUACAAUUUAAGCUUCUGAAGAUUAUUAUUUUUUAAUAUUUUAUUAUAAGUGGGUACAGUAUAAAUAAUUAUAUACAGCACUUGUUAGCUGCAGAACUAAUAUUAAUAAGAAGUGACUUAUUUAUGAUAUUGGUUUGUGUGAUUGUGUGCGUCUGUUUAACAUAUGGGUAUAAAAAAGAUUUUCCCUGACAUAAAAUUUACAUUAAAGAGUUUUACUUCCAGCUUA